GCGAUUUCUCCUCGGUUUGGUUUAUUUAUUGACUUCACCGGUUUUAUUCAAGAUCUGAAGAUCUUUCGGUUUCAUUCUGCACUUCCUGGAUUUUUUAUUUUUUUUCUCCUUCUCCGGCUGGAGAGGCACGUGCGCGUUGGUGUUGUUCUACGGGGGCUUCCUGUAGCAGCGACUUGGGGUCGCAAUUACUCACUGAACAUCUCUCUGGGAGCGUAGCAAAAAAAAAAAAAAAAAAAAAAGACAUCUCGGGGGACAUGCGAAGAUCUAGCUGGAGGAACAUCAGAGAGAACGUCUCGGGGGAUAAAACAUAUCAGGAUACAUAGCUGGAGAAACAUCAUCGCUCGCAGGGCCAGAGGGGAGCAGCUGGAGGAACAUCUGGAAACACCUGGAGAAACAUAUUUCUCAGGAAGACCCGAGGGAGCGUCUGUCUCCACGCUUCGCGUUUCCCUUUGCGAGAAGACGCAGGCAAGACCCGGGUGGGUCCGGACCAGCGCACAUGGCCGCUCCUGGAUCGCCGUCGGUCCACAUGCGCUCCGAGGAGCUCAUCCGUAGGGCGGAACUGGAGCACGGCAGCUUCGGCCGAGUCCACUUGUGUUACCACAAGACCCUGGGACAGGUGGUGCUGAAAACGAUGUACACCGGUCCCCAGCGCAACGGAGAGAACAAGAGAUUGCUCCUGGAAGAGGGAACCAUGAUGCAUAACCUGAAUCAUGAGCGCAUCGUGAAACUUCACGGAGUAAUUUUAGAAAGCGGGGCCUACUCUCUGGUGAUAGAAGUAAUCCCUAAGGACAACCUGUUAACAGUGCGGGAAAGAACAUUGCCUAUUUCAAUUAAAGGGAGAAUAAUUUUAGAGAUCCUCGAAGGAAUGUUCUAUUUAACCAAGAACAACGUUAUACACAGGGACUUAAAACCAGAAAACAUACUGGUAGACAAGGAUUUUCACAUCAAGAUUGCAGACCUGGGCCUAGCCUCCUGUCAGACAUGGAGUAGGCUAACCAUGGAAGAAUCACGGAAGCAAAGCCGGCGUGGGGGUGUGGUCCCAAUAGUGGGGAGCUCUCUGUGCUACUUGGCCCCUGAACAUUUGGAGAACAUCCAUGCCCACUCUACAGAGAAGUCCGAUGUCUACAGCUUUGCCAUUAUUGUCUGGGUGAUCCUCACUGGCAAGGAACCGUAUGAGAAUGCUCGGAAUCAGGAUCACAUAUGCCAGUGUGUCUGCAAAGGUAACCGUCCAGAUGAGCAACUCAUUCUGCCUGAUACACCCAGUGACAUUGUAAGGCUGAUGAGGAAGUGCUGGCAUCCCCAGCCUGAAAUGCGCCCUACAUUUGCUGAAAGCUAUAAGUUAUUUCAAGAAUUCUACAGUAUGGAGUUAGAACAAUAUGUGGAAAAGGAUUUAUUUAAACUCAUGGCAGAUGGUACAGAGGAAAUGGUGAGAAAGAUGAAAUCAGUAUCCCUGGAAAAGCCAAGCUCACAGACAGACUGUUCUGCUCCUUUGUGGAGAAACAUUGGACUGCCGGUCGAGGCCAGCACAGAAGACAUGACUUUCUACCUGGCUGGUGAAACAGAAGGCUCUAUUGAAGCCGACGCAAAUGUCAUCAACUUUAAGCCGGGCUUGAAGCCACAGCCAGGGCAAGCAUGCCACAACCCCAUUAAUUCAAUUAGCCCACCUCUCUGGAACCCUGGACGCAAUUCUGCUGGGGAUGACAGGAACAUUGUCCAAAGAGUAGGCAGUGCACAAGCAAUGUCUCCCCUGCACUCUCGGUUAAGUAAGAGCCCUACGUCUGUUAGCAUGGCCCCCUCACCACGGUGUGUCUGUGCUGAGAAGCCAACCAGAAUGCAACCGGGAGCUCCCCAAGGCCAUCAGCCUCUUCAACGCAUUCGGUCCUUCCCAGGGUUUCCCCUCCCACAGUACGAGUGCCCUGUCCUUGCACCCACAAGCCAGAGCAACUGUGCAAGUAUGAUGUGCUGUCAAGACUCAGGUGUGUUUAUACAGAAUGCUAAGUGGAUACAGAUUGGAGAUAACAACCAGUUAAAUCUUGGAAGUCAAGACUUAGGCCCGAGUAGUUUUCAGCCAAGUGUUGCGAGCAGUUCCAUUUUCCAGGAAUUACUAUGUACUUAUGGCAAUCACGUGGUUCGGGAGGAGCACCUACAUGUGCUGCGGAACAACAUUGGUGGGAAGUGGAAGCAAUGUGCUCGCCGGCUGGGGCUGAGCGAAAACGAUGUGGAGACUAUUGCCCAUGACUUUGCACGAGACGGCCUGCAGGAGAUGGUGCAUCAGAUGCUGGAGCGCUGGAGGAUGAAGGAAGGACUGGCAGGCACUACAAUGGCCAGCCUUUGCAGGGCUCUCCGGGAUCUCAUCAAGGAAGAUGUUCUUCUUCAGCUACUGCAAAUCUGCGGAAACCUCUCUUCCCUCUAGGGCAGGGGAGGCCCUCAUCUGUUGCACAGCACCCUAAUCUGAGCUUUAAAUGUUGUUUAGUCCAAGAUGGAAAAAAUUGACAAAGUAUGCUUUGCCAGAAGGUCCUGUUCUGUUUUUACCUCAGAGCAAAGCUGUUCCACAGCAUGUUGAUGUGGUUCUUGUACUGCUACAAAUCCUGUUAAGAAAACAAUAAGGAAACACAAUCUUAGGGAAGUAUGAAGUUGAAGAUAUAUACCUGCUUAUAGAACCCGAAGGGUCCUGAUGGGUUGACGUUGGGGUCGGGUCAUAUCUUGCUCUUAUCAUCCAGACUUGGGUCAGCUUUCAGAUGAUGAACCACAGAGCACAUGCUUUGCAGCUAUAAUUUAAACAUGUAACAUGACGUUUUGGCACUAUAGGUUACUGAGAAAUCAAAUGGUUUCUGCUUAUAUGAGGCUUUUUGAAUCAAUAUAUGAUUUAAACCUUCACAUGUUCUGGGUCAGAGCAGAACUGUAUCAUGCUCACAUGAAAGCUUAUUUCCUAAACUGCACUUUAAUGUGAACAAGCUGCAUAUGACUGAAAAAACUAACAAAAUCUCUUAGAUUAUUUUCAGGAACAAAAGCAGAAUAUUUGGAAUUUCUUUUAAAAUGUCUGUAUAAAAGGCCUGAAGGCAACAUGGUCAGAGAGUACUCCAGGAAAGAUUAAUCUGCUUCCUUUUCAUUAGUGUCAUACAAGCAGAGCAGGGGUGCAUUUGAUAAACCUUUAUUUCUUCAUCCCUUGCAACAAAGCAUUUUUGCUUUGCAUUUGAACCAUUUCGGGGUUUUUUUCUGUUUAUUUUUCUUAAUGGUGAAUGAAAACUAUUUGUUUAAGAGAAAAAUUAAAUAUAUUUGUUAUUGUCCUUUGUGAAAAUGCUGAGAUGAUGAAUUGAGCAAGUGCUUCCUUUUUGUGGAACAACCUGGUGCCUGAACUGGCAUCUGCUCAGAUUCUGUUCCUCUGUGACAACAAUAUUGAGCAAUAUUGUUCCUCAUUACACACAAAACUUGGUUAAUGUGAAUUUACUGCCCAGCAUUUUAUUGUAGCUGUAGUGUCUUUUUUCCACUUUGUUUUUUCCCUUAUUUUACAUCAAUAAUUAUCUUAAUACUAUUAAUUUGGAUCUAAGGAAAUGCUGUCCAUAUUAUAUAUACCCUCCCCAUCUUUUUAAGAAUUCAAUGCUCCAUGUAAAAAAAAAUCUAUAACUCAUUGCGUCACUGAACAAAACACAUUUUUGCUGUCCUGUUAUCUAGACAUCCCACACCUUGUGAAAUCUGUGUCUAUUAAGCGAAUUUUUACAUAAAGAAAUUUAAAUUUUAAUACAAUUAAAUUCUUUUCUGCUGGUAAAACAGACUGCAUCAUGGAAUUA